GAUAGAAAGAGUCAGUCAGUCACAAUCAGUUAAUAAGCUGAUUCGCUCUGUUUCAUAAAAGUUUUUCUUUGUCAUGUUUCUUCUUUCCCCACAACUAUAUACAUACAGAUAUACACAAAGAUUUACACAACCGACGUAAACUCCUCUUCAUGAAAAUCAGUUUGCACUCUCGAGUUCGAUUUCUCCAUUGUUGAUGUUCGCCCAAGAAUUGAAUUAUAGAGAGUGUUUUCGUGUCUCAAAGCUGGCAAACUGUGUUCGUGUCUGAGUUUAUUCGAAUCCGACUGUCAACGAGUUGAUUCAGCCAGUAACUGCGUGAAUUUGUAGUAAUAGAUCUGAAUCUAAGAGGGUUUUUGUUUUUGUUUCUGUUUUUGUUUUUUGUUUUGGUUUUGGUUUUGGUUUUGGUUUCCUGUUUGUCGGAUAAAUUAGGAGAAUGCCACAAGAUUCGGUGUCGGAACCCGACCCCGAUGAAUCCGAUACUGAACCCGAUUUCGUUGAGGCUGAUCCCUCCGGUCGCUACGGUCGGUAUAAAGAAGUAUUAGGAAAAGGAGCUUUCAAGAAAGUAUAUCGAGCUUUUGAUGAAUGGGAAGGAAUAGAGGUAGCCUGGAAUCAGGUUAAAGUGGCUGAUCUCUUGAGGAAUUCAGUUGAUUUGGAACGGUUGUAUUCGGAAGUUCACUUGCUAAAAACCCUUAAGCAUAAAAAUAUUAUCAAAUUUUACAACUCGUGGGUUGAUACCAAGAACGAGCAUAUCAACUUCAUUACUGAGAUUUUUACAUCCGGGACUCUGCGACAGUAUCGGAAGAAACAUAAGCAUGUUGAUGUGCGGGCAUUGAAGAAAUGGUCCCGGCAAAUCCUAGAGGGGCUUUCAUAUCUUCAUAGUCAUGACCCCCCAGUUAUCCAUCGGGACUUGAAAUGUGAUAAUAUUUUUGUUAAUGGGAAUCAGGGGGAGGUGAAAAUUGGUGAUCUGGGACUAGCUGCUAUUCUUCAGCAGGCCCGUGCAGCUCACAGUGUCAUAGGCACCCCGGAAUUCAUGGCACCAGAGCUUUAUGAGGAGGAAUACAAUGAACUUGUGGAUAUAUAUGCCUUUGGUAUGUGCUUGUUGGAGCUAGUGACCCUUGAAUAUCCAUAUGUUGAAUGUGCAAAUGCAGCUCAGAUAUAUAAGAAAGUGACAGCUGGAAUCAAGCCUGCAUCAUUAGGAAAAGUGAAGGAUCCUGAAGUCCGGACAUUUAUAGAAAAAUGCAUUGCAAAUGUCUCUGAGCGGGUGUCAGCCAAAGAACUACUUAUGGACCCCUUCCUUCGAUCAGAUGAUGAUUCCAGGAGUAGAGGUCAUUCACUACAGCCCCAGCACUCAAACGCAGAUGAUAAUGGCGACCAGUUCGAUAAUGGAGAAACCUCUGGAGACACUAUGCUCGAGGGAGUUCGAGACUUCACAGUGCAGGGUCAGAGAAAAGACCAAAAUACGAUCUUUUUGAAACUUCGGAUAGCAGAUUCAUCAGGUCAUAUUCGGAACAUUCACUUCCCAUUUGAUAUUGAGGCGGAUACUUCCAAUGCUGUGGCUAGUGAAAUGGUUGAAGAGCUGGAUUUGACAGAUCAUGAUGUCUCAGUUAUUGCUGCAAUGAUUGAUUCUGAAAUUCGAUACCAUAUCCCAGACUGGGCACCCAGAGAACUCUCAAGCAACAACAGUUCUAAUGGUGAUGUAAUUCCAGAAAGUGGUGGGUCUGGAGGUCACUUUGAUUCCCCCAUGACAAAUGAUUCUGCCCAAACUGGUCAUCUUGUUUUGGAAAGACUGCCUUCAGGUCGGAAAUAUUGGUCUGAUUCACCCAAAGCUGGUGGUGAAAGCUCUCCACUAAAACCUGGGCCAUCCAACUUGAUGCCAACAGAUUUCAUAGCCUCUGGAGAUGGCUGGUCUGAAGAAAAUUCACAAUCCCCUAUUAGCCAUAAAGAUGUGGACAUUCAAAGUGAUGCUUCCACUCAUACACCUUGCAGCAGGACUCAUCUAUCAGAAGAAAUUAUCAUGCCAUCUGGAACUGAUUCAGGAGACAUCAAAGUUAUUGUUGAGAAGCUCGAGCACGUGUUGGAUGAGCAGCUGAAAGAGUUAGAUGAACUCAAGCAGAAGCAUGAACUGGCUGUUUCAGAUCUUUUAAAGGAACUCCCGCUGGAGAUUCGUGGAACAGUUCUGAGCAUUUGUAACAAGAAGAUAUCGGGACAUAAAUUGCAUGAUGACAGAGGCCAUCUGGAAAAUAGAACCAUGAAAGAGGGCACCUAAUUGGUGUAAGUCUUGCAAUCAUAAUUUCUAGCUUGGAAAUAAAGUGAAAAGUUCUUUAUUUGCACCAAUCAAUAUCCGUAUCCUGAAGGUUUCAAGAUAUUCCAGAGUGAUGUAAACUUUCCAUGCUAUUGGAGAGAGGAAAAAAGAAGUUCAAUGGAUGAAGGAGGCAUAUGUGGUUUCUCUAAGCACUGCCUCAAGAAGCUAACGGAGGAUAUUAAAUCUGAACUAGGUAUUUUAGUUCUUGCAAAUGAUAUGGCAGAGUUAUAGCUGUAUAUGUUUACUUGUUGAACUUGGCAUUGCAUGAUCCUGGUCGAGUAUGCACAGUUGUCAAAAUAGGUUAGGAGGCUAUGCUGAGGUGAGAGAUUGUCUUGAUGACAGGAAUCCUAGGAACUACGGUUUCGUUAAGUCCUGAUAUAUCAUUUUAUUUUUAUCACAGACACAACCACCGUUUCCAUACCAUUCUAUAAUCAAUAGCC